AUGAUCGGGCAGAAGACGCUGCACUCCUUCUUCAGCGCCGCGCCGGCCAAAAAGCGCGGUCGCUCCCCGGAGCCGGGCGGCGACGCUGAGGUCAGUGCCGCGAAGAAGGCGAAGGCGGCGGGAGAUGAGGCGGGCAAGGCCUCUCCGCUGAGCCCGGAGCAGCUGGAACGGAUUCGCAAGAACAAGGAGGCGGCGCUGCAGCGGCUGGCCGAGCGGAACGUACCGCCGGGCUUCGGGGAGAGCUGGCGGCAGCAGCUGGCCGGCGAAUUCUCGAAGCCCUACUUCAUGGAGCUGAUGGCGUUCGUAGCAGAGGAGAGGAAACGCUACACGGUCUAUCCGCCCCCCGAGCAAGUCUUCACCUGGACGCAGAUGUGCGACAUCAGGGAUGUAAAGGUUGUCAUUUUGGGACAAGAUCCGUAUCAUGGACCUAAUCAAGCUCACGGUCUCUGUUUCAGUGUCCAGAAGCCUGUUCCACCUCCCCCCAGUUUAGAAAAUAUUUACAAAGAACUGUCUACGGAUAUUGAGGACUUCACUCAUCCUGGUCAUGGUGAUCUAACUGGCUGGGCCAAGCAGGGAGUGCUCCUACUCAAUGCUGUCCUCACGGUGCGAGCUCACCAGGCCACCUCCCACAAGGAGAGAGGCUGGGAGCAGUUCACGGACGUGGUGGUGUCCUGGCUCAACAAGAACUUGCACGGGGUUGUCUUCAUGCUGUGGGGAGCCUAUGCCCAGAGGAAAGGCAGCUCCAUUGACAGGAAACGCCACCACGUCCUGCAAACGGUUCAUCCCUCGCCCUUCUCCGUCAACAGAGGGUUUUUCGGCUGUCGGCAUUUCUCGAAGACGAAUGAAUUGCUCAAGAAAUCCGGCAAGAAGCCCAUUGACUGGCGAGCGCUCUGAGCUGCGCGCAGAACCUGGUGGGGUCUAAUGGUUGGGAAUGGCCCCUGUUUCAGGGGUUGUCUUGUUUCUGAAAAACUUUUGCUGACCUGAGAAUUACUCUUUGGAUGUUGAUCAAGGAACAAAUGACCAAAAUUUCAGAGAUGUUAUAUUUUUUAAAUGUUUUUUUAAAGAGUGGAGUGUUAGAUGGACGACUCCUCUGCUGUUUGAACAGGUCUUGGCCUAGUUUGAAGCAAAGAAAAAAAACCACCAGAGUUCUGUAUUUGUGCUCGUUGUUGUAAUGGGAAUGUGUUUUCAGGCUCUUGUGAAGGGAUGUCAGUUCUUACAGGUGAAGCUGUUCAGCUUUUGUAAAUACCUUGCUGUGCCUCUUCCCACUCCUUUGCCUCCUGCUGUGCAAAUCCCGAUUUCAUAUUUGGGGGGUGUGGAGCUGACUCCACGGGAGGAAAGGCAGAUGCUUUUGUUUUUAGCUUUUUGCUACAGAUUAUAAGACUUAUUAGAAAUAGGGCCUCUUGGGACUGUAAAGACUGUACACUGUCAGAAGUGUUACUUGGUGUAUCUGUACUCUUGAGAUUUCGGGGUAAAUCCCCCCCAGCAGCCGAGGGGAGACUGCGACUGAGGCUCUGGUUGUGCUCUGAGCUUUUCGUUGGCAUUUAGAGAGGAAAACUCUUAAGUUUUUAGAUUCUUAGUGGGUGUGUUGAUCACUUGGAUGACAGGUGAGCUGUGAUGACCAUGAACUUUGUGGUACCUGCCGAUGGCAGCAGCGAAGGUUUGUUCAUCAAGAUCUGCCAAUUCAUGGGCCGAUGGUUGUGAAUUAUUUAAGAUCUUUUAAGAUCUUAAAACAGAGGGAGUUUUGUGCUUUGCCUUCAUGGAGCAAAUUGAGGUUUCUAGCUACUGUUGAAAAUAACUGUUGGGAGUUCCAGGAUGAAGACAAGGUUGGACUUCGCACUUCUCGGUCUCCAGUCCAUCUUUGACUUCAUAAUUCCUUUAAUCGAAGUGCCUUGUUCGUUUGGAAAUUACAUCAGUUUUUAUAGCACACCCCUGUAAACCUUUCUUUGGUAUUUGCUCCGACAGGUAACACUAGUACAAGUGAAGCUUACACUUUCCGUGGCUGUGUUGUAUUUUUUUUGUUUGUUUGGG